AUGAGUAUUCUGUCAGAAAUUCUGAGCACGGGCCACGUUGAUAAGGAGUUGCUUGACGCUUUGGAUGAUGCGCAGAAGCAGUUGCUAUUCUGCCAAAUGCGUGCUGAACAGGUACGCAAAUGGCAAGCAAAUGAGGAGCGCCUAGAACGUGAAGGCGCGCCGAAAAAAACUAGUAAAAAAGGGAUAAAGUGGUUGACCGGUGCUGACGGAGAAGUGUGGGUAUGGGUGAUGGGGGAUCAUCCUCUCGACAAGUCAAUUGAAGAGAUUCUCGAAGAGGAGGCUCGUCAAGAGGCUCAUUCACGUGCCCUUCGUGAAUUGUCUGAUUCAGCAGACGUGCCAGUUCCAACGCUCAUAUCAGAUCCUAAGGAGCCAGAGGAGGCGCUGAAAGCGCAGCUUGGUCAAAUGCGCGUUGGUAUUACUGACGUGAUGCAGGAUGAUUCUGAAAGUUCCUUCGAUCCCACUCAUCCACUGCUGUUCAAACCGGUUGAGAAGGAGUAUACAUCAAACGGAAAUGGUGUAAAGAUGAGAGCUCCUCGCGAGCAAGCGUCAGAGCAUAAACCAGAAGAUGUCCAAAAGCGGGAGUCUGAAAUUUUCCAGAGUAUUCAGGAAAAACGAGAGCGUAUCCGAAGAGAAGCUGAAGCCGAAUCUGAAAGACAACGGCUUGAGUGGGAACAACAAAAUCAACGUGCGCGCGAAGCAGAAGAGGCUAUGCGUAAAAUGGCUCAGAAAGCGCGAGAGCAGCACAGACAAUUGAUUAGAACGUCGACAAGUAUUUUACCAGCUCUCAACGACACAAAAGCAACUUCUCUGAGAGAGGCGAUCAAAAAUUUGCCAAGGCCUCCUAAACCGAAAUCACGUUCAGCUAUUGUGGAUUGGUUCAGACGGGAUGAGUGGCCACGCGGCACAGGACAGGAUCCAAAAACUAAAAUGCCAGCACCAUGGUUUCACGAAUGUCGAUGCUGUCGAAGGCGUAAUCAUGCACAGCAUCGACACUAUCUGCGCCAGUUGAAAGAAGUAAUAUAUACGGUGUCCUAUGUCGUUGGUGAUGGUACAUUCAAGCACUUUCUCGUUGAACGUAUUCCUGAAGGUUAUCAGUUCCUUGGAACGAAUCAAGUUGUUCAUGACCAGCUGUUUGAUCUCGUUUCUUAUCAUGAGACCGCACCAAUCACAGCAAGAGGUGGUGAAGUGCUGAAAUGGUCAGUGGGUCAAAUGUUUCGCCCACCAGAUUAUCAUGAUAUUGUGCCAGAAUUGGCUAUUCCGGACAUGAAUCGGAUACUAGGACGCUUUUAA